AAUGAUUUCCCGAAAGAUCUGUGCCCUGCUGUCUGGACUGCUAUUUUGGCUGGCAUUUGGAUGGACUCUGACAUCUGCGUAUAGUCCUCGGACCCCUGACCGGGUCUCAGAAACAGAUAUCCAGAGGCUACUCCAUGGUGUUAUGGAGCAGUUGGGCAUUGCCAGGCCACGGGUGGAAUAUCCAGCUCACCAAGCCAUGAAUCUUGUGGGUCCACAAAGCAUCGAAGGUGGAGCUCAUGAGGGUCUGCAACAUUUGGGUCCUUUCGGCAACAUUCCCAACAUUGUGGCAGAGUUGACUGGUGACAACAUUCCUAAGGACUUUAGUGAGGAUCAGGGCUACCCAGACCCUCCAAAUCCCUGUCCUGUUGGAAAAACAGAUGAUGAUGGAUGUCUCGAAAACACUCCUGACACAGCUGAGUUCAGUAGAGAAUUCCAGUUGCACCAACACCUUUUUGAUCCGGAACAUGACUAUCCAGGCUUGGGCAAGUGGAACAAGAAACUCCUUUAUGAGAAGAUGAAAGGAGGACAGAGACGAAGGCGAAGGAGUGUCAAUCCCUAUCUGCAAGGACAGAGACUGGACAACGUUGUUGCAAAGAAAUCGGUUCCCCACUUUUCAGAUGAGGAUAAGGAUCCAGAGUAA